AUGAAUGUUUUUAAACUCGGUAAUAAAGCAUUGGACAACACACACGAGCUCUCGUUCAACUUCCCAGCAGAGGAUAAUAACAGCCAAACUUCUGUAUCGUACGUUAUUAAUACGAAUGCAUCUCCUGUAUCCGAACACAAGAUAGUCAUGGAUUGUCCAACAGAAUGCAAGGUUUUAAACAACACUGUGAAGACCAAAUUUGAAUUAAAAAAAUGUGAAAAUUUAUGCGGAAGUGAAAAAACAGAAACAAAUAAUGUCGAUCAAAUAUUCGAUUUGAAUCACGAAAAUCCGUCUUAUUUUAAUUCUAGUAUAAAUGAUUGUGAUGUUUCCAUUUACGAAUAUUUUGAUUGCAACGACAAGAUAGUUCAGGAAGAAGAUUCCGAAGAUAUAGAGAAAACAAUUCAAAAUCAAUUUUUGAUCACGGAUGAUCAACAUACAAAUUCUUUGAACAAUUUAACAGAAUUUCGAGAUAGUCUCAACAUUGAUUCGGUGCAUGAAAAGAUAUGUCGAGUAAGAUAUGGGAAAGAAGAAUUCAUCGAUUCGGGAAUCUCUACUAAUGAAUUAAUUGCUGAGAAUUUUAUUAAUUCGCAGAAUAUUCCUGAAAGAAACGGUGUCACUUGUAAAAUUAUUGAAGAAGACACAAAAAAUAAAGAGAUGAAGUUUGCACAGAAUGUUACAUGUAUAAAUAUUGAAGAUUCUCUUCAAGAAGAAUUAGACAUACAAAACUCAGUUUCAGCAAUAGAAUCUGACAACUAUUUUAUAAGUAAUAACGAGAAUUACUUUAAAAAUGACAUCGAUCUCUCGAAAUGUAUGGAAGAGAACGCGAAUCAUAUGUUAAGUAUAUGUACCGAAAAAGACCGUAUCGAAGAAACGAUUACAGAGAUAAAGAAAAUGGAUAAAAUAAUCAAGAAUCUUUUGUACACUAGUGACGAUGAGCAUUACGAUUCGACGGAGGAACGAAUGAUAGAAGACUUAUCUGCGGCGGAGGAACGAAUAAUAGAAGAUUUAUCUGCGACGGAGGAACAAAUGAUAGAAGACUUAUCUGCGAAAAUGGAAGAUGAUUGCGAUGACGUAAUGAAGAAAAUUAUCGAAAGUUGCUGUCAUGCCGCAGAUUUUCAGCAACGUUCAACGAUAUGCGAAAUCUCGAGUGCAGAUUCCAUACAAUCAAGUAGCAAACGUGUAAUUAAGGAAUUUCGAGAAAACGAAUUUUUCCCAUGUCAUCGCGUCGUUUCCGAGACUAUCAUAGCGAAAGAAGAUAUAUUAAAAACUAUUGAGGAAGCAGAGAAAAUAUUAACUGACAGUCCAUAUUGGGAAAAGUCAGAGGCAAUUGUUAAUCAGAUAACUGAAAAUUCGAACGACAAAAACAAUUCGUCGGAAAAAUAUGCGGAAAAAGUAAGAGAUGAUAAAGAGCAUGAAAGAAUAAAUGAAACAAUAAGUCAAAAAGAAAUCGAUUUAAUUGAGAUUAAAGAUAACAAGAUAAAUUCAACAAAUACGAUUGAAAAGAUUGCAGUCUCGAAAUCUGACAUUGUUGAACAUAAUUUGCAAAAAUUAGCUGAAAUUACAUGUUCAGAUCGUCUUAGAUCACGCAUUGAGAUUCGGGAAACUUUGGAGAAGAUAGCAGAAGAAAAGAAGAAAAUAGAAAAUCGUAAGAAUGUAUCGCUAGAGACACUAUCGAAGAAAUUCGAGGAAAUUGACAAACUCGUUGCUGAUCAUAAUUAUACUUUUUUUGGAUCUGAUAAUGAUUCUUAUGAAUUAAAAACUCCAGAGAAUGUCGCCAAUGAUUUUGACAGUCUCAGCGAGUUUCAGGUUCAGAUUGAUCCAGAAGUUCCUUUAACGAAGCCCGAAAUAGCUGAAAAAUUGAAAAUCGAAGAAUUAGAAAAAGAACUAGAGGAUGAAAUAAAAGAGCAUAAGAAACUUAUGGAUGAAUAUCAAAAAAUUAUUGUAACGGAUUUAGAGAAGAUUCAAUUGACUUUGGAAUCGGAAUCAAUGCAAGUUUACAAUGGCACGGAUAUCGAUAAAGAAAUAAAAAAUAAGUCUAAAGACGACGAAAAAAUAAGUGAGGAAUUUUCAAAUGAAAUAUUAGAAAUGACAGACGAUACAAUGGUGAUUAAAAUUGAUUCGGAAUCCGACGAUUUUUUCAUGGAAGAGUGGAAGGAACCAGAAAGGACGUUCAUUAAAGGAAAAGUCUAUGACUUUGACGAAAAAAAGCAUGGCGUUAGGAUGACAGAAGAACUCAUCAGGAAGCACUGCAAGGAGAACAAGUUGUAUCAAACCCCAUAUUUGAACGAUGUUCUGUAUUUGCAUUACAAAGGCAGAUUUUCCUUCAUCGAAAACCUCGAGAAAUACACGGGUCUAAAGUGUUUGUGGCUAGAGAGCAAUGGUAUAUACGAGAUUGCCAAUUUAGAAAAUCAGAGCGAACUUAAGAGCUUAUAUCUGCACCACAACCUCAUCAGCAAAAUCGAGAAUCUCGACUGCCUGCCGAAGCUCGACACCCUGAAUCUCUCACACAACACGAUACGGAGAAUCGAGAAUCUCGGUGACUCGAAUCGUGAAGCGGACGGCCUCAAGUUCCUGAACAACCUGAACCUGUCGCACAACUAUCUACGAGAAACCGCUGACAUCGAGCAUCUCCUUCUGCUGCAUACACUCUCAAUCUUGGAUAUCUCUCACAACAGGAUCGACACCUGCGACAUCGUUGACAUUUUGGGAGACAUGAAGUCGUUGCGCGUUGUAACGUUGAGUGGCAACCCAGUGCUCAAACAGAUAAAGAUGUAUCGCAAGACGAUGAUCCUUAAAUGCAAGAAUCUUCAAUAUUUAGACGAUCGACCGGUGUUCCCACGCGAUCGUGCCUGCGCCGAGGCCUGGAUGCGUGGCGGUGUUGACGAGGAGGUGGCAGAGAGGAAUCGGUGGUUCCAAGCGGAGCAGAAGAAAAUCAACGACAGUGUUAUGGCCCUGAUAAACAAAAGGAAGCUGUGCAAACCGGUCGGGACGUCCGAAAAGGAGGCGACAGAUAAGAAGAAGAAGGAGAAGAAAGAAGAGGAGGACGAGAAGGAGGAGGAGGACGAAGAAGUCACGACGAAAUCAAGCGCGCGCACCGCGACAAGGAGCAGCGGACUGGUAAGAACUAGUUUCGUCAAGGUCUGGUACAGAAUUCGUGCUUUGAAUAAUAUCACCACCAUCGGUCCCGUCGGCUAUUUGAUCAUUCACCACCUCGACCUGGAGAAGAAGAAAAAAUCUGAGGAGCGAUUCUUCCUCGGUUCUUACGACUCUCCGUUGUCGUCGUCAUCUUCGGAAGACGAACAGCUCGCAAACGACGAAGAAAACGAGCGCUCACGGCAAAAAGGAGGCAAGGAAAGUGACGGAAGGAGGCCAAUGGCGGAGCAAGAGAAAAAAGUUUCCGAUGAAAACAAUGAGGAGCUUCUGCUGCCCUGGAAAGCUAAGGUUCGAGAAGAGAUUCGAUCGCGAACGCUGAUCGAAGAAAUAUCGGAAUCUAAAUAUGACAUCAUUGGUGAUACAGAAAGAAAAUGGCACGGAGAUCAAAUUUUCAAUAACUAUGAAAGUAUAUACGAUUCACUCGGUGAUACUAUCGUCAAUAGGAAGACUGUUUCUCCUAAGAAAGAAGUAUUGGAACUACAAUUAGAAAAAGAAAAGACAGAUUUACAAGAAUCAAUCAGUAACAAUAAAGCUAACGAUCGUAAAAGCGAGAGAAUGUUUACCUGUUCAGUAUCGUGUGACACAUCAGAUCUAAAACAGAUAUUAGAAGAAUACCAUAAACCUGCUAACGCAGUCACCAACAAGAAAGACGAUAUAUCGAGUAAAAAUAUCAAUAGCUAUCAAAGAAAAAGCAGAGACUAUCCGUUCGGUUCUAAACUUAGCAGCAUCCGAGAAGAAAUGAGAGAAUUCUGCGACAGUAUGGAUAGGUUUGUUGACGAAAACAAGAUAGUGUUCAAGAAUGGCGAAGUGGAGGGAUUCUGGGGCGAGAGAAAGAUGGUGGACCAAAAUUUACAAACUGAUUUUGUUGAUGAUAGCAAGAUCCAAGAAACUGGGACCAAGGUUUCCGUGAGCGAAGAAGGUAAACUACGAUGGUGGAAUACCAAGGAAAGAAAACUGAAGGUCAAAGAGAUAUUAAAGAAGCGAGAGGACGAAGCAAAGAAAAACAAAGUGGAAGUAGUAGAAGAUAUCAAAAGAGUUGAAAAAUCCGAUCGCUGUUCGUCGAAAGAUAAAAAGCAGCUGACCAAUGCUACAAAUUAUUUUCAGGAUGUCUACGAUUUGACAUUAAAAACUUGCCCGUCAAAUGUUCUUCCGGAUUCAAUGAAAACAUAUUCCGUGAAAAACGCAGAAAAUUAUGAAAGCGAGCAAUCUGUAAAUAUACAGCAAGAAGAAGAAUCGCACGGAGUAUUCCAUAGUCUCUUUGCUGAAUUGAGAACCCGGGACAUUCGGGAGUGCAUACACAAAUCGAAAAUUUCAACUGAAUUAAUAACUCUAGAGGAAAAACUGGAUAACGAAAAAUUAGCCAUUGAUACAGAGAAGAAAAAUAUCUGUACUCUCAUCAAUACGAAGGAUCUUAUUAGUUCUAAUGAACAGUAUUCGGAAUGUGAAAAUAGUGCAGAGAAGAAUAAUUCUGCAAAAAUCGAGAUUUUGGAAGACAAAGUUAACGAUCUUUCAUUCGAAUCUCCGGAAAGGAAGAAAAACAUCGAUGAAUCUGAUGACGAUUCCUUUAAAACGGCAUUAUCCAUUCAAGAAGAUUCGCAAAUUUUGGAAAGCAGUUAUGAAUUACCAAAAGUUUUAAAAUUGACUAAUAAGGAAAAUAAUUUUGACAAAAUUAUUGAUUCAAUUCAAAAUGAAAGUAUCGAUCAUUCAAUGGACAAUAAUUGGAAGGAAAUAAUUUCAAAUAAAAAUUAUAACGACGCGAUUUAUGAGAAAAUCAAUGAUGAAUUAGAAAAAUCUUCUGAUAAAACGGAGAUAUCAAAAACCGAGCGAGAAUUUUCAAUUGAAACAGAACAAUCUAAUUCUCAAAUGGAAUCGCUCGUUCGAACGAUAGAUCAUUUAUCUCUAGAAAGAGCGAGUCACUCUUCAAGACUGACAGGUAAAAGAACUCGCGAAGCGGAGGAUGUCGAGGUGAGCAACAAGAAAUCUUUUCUCAUCAAGGAAAUGAAUCCCGGAAAGAAACUGGAGGAACGCAAAUCUCGUAGUCAAAUCUCUGAAAGAUGCAGACAGCAUCUGAUACAAGAAACGAAGAAAUUUGCGAGGAAAGUUUCACCGUUGAUCGACAAAUGCAUAACGCAUCUAAUAAAAGAUACAGAAAAUGCAAACGGGAAAUCGCAAUGCUAUAAAUACAAUCGGAGAAAUCUUAAAGAAUACUUGCCAUCUGAUUACACUUCAAAAAUGAAUCUUAGUAAGCCUGCGGGCGAUUUUGGAGAACGAAAUAAUUGCCAUGAUAAGUAUGACAAUAAAUCUAAUGAUGCGACAAAUACAUAUUCUGAAAGACAAGAAUUGAUGGCGGAACAAACGAUCAAUUCACAAUUCGCUGCAUCUGCUCAUCCUUCUGAUAUCCAAUCACUUGCCAAUCUUUUUCGACAAUCCCAAGACCAAGAGUCGCAGUCGCCAGCAGUAAAUGCCAAUGUAUCACUUUAUGAAGAAUUUUGCGAUCAUCUGCAUAAAUUAGAGAACAGCAAGAAAUUGUUGAUUAAGCCAGAUUUCAUAAUAGACAAUAAUCAAUCAGAAGAAAUAUUAUCUAAUAAUAAAUUACAGAAUACUGAAUGUUCGGUAAAAGAAUCAAUUAAACCACUGAUCCAAAUAAUUUCUGAAUGUCCUAUGACGUCUAAAAAUUCUGAACAAACCUCAUCAGAACGAAAAGAAAUUAAACUAUUGCAUGGCUCGCAAGUUACUUCCUAUUACAAACAGAAAGAUGCUAUCCUUAGGAAGUCCGAAGAGGAAACUGAGACAUCUGAUGAUUUUGAAAAGCAUAUUAAUCAAGAAAGCGCAGUUAAUUUAAAAGAAGGAAUAAAAGUCGAAACGUUUGCAACAUUGUGUACAAUAGAAAAUACAGAAUACAAGGAAGAGUGCGUAUUACCAAAUGAAGAACGCAAAACCGUUACGACAAAUAUGAAAAAGAGUAUAGAAAUGCAAGUUGCACAAGAGAAUUAA